AUGCCCGACUCGACCUCGGUACCGUGGCCAUCUCUGUACAACUGGGUUAUCGAGGUAUACCCCAUCCAAGGUAAAGCAGCUGUGCAACCUGGAGGUGUCUACCUGUAUGACUCUCACGAAAUAUUCCGGUUCACUCUCUACUGGACGCUUGUCUUCUACGUACCAGCCUAUGUUCUCUGCGCUAUAUACGCGUUCCUCAACGUUACCUUUCCCCCACGGCCCGCGACGCACACACGUCCUCGUUAUAGGCUGUCAUCUUCAUUUGCGUUCUCUCCCUACUUUAGGGUUCCACCCGCUGCAGCGGCCGACAUCCCCUUGAUGGCGCCCGGGCAACAUUCAUCUCCUAAUCCCGGAACUGAUCCUACGCUCGCGCUCGUGUAUCAGUAUCGUGCGCUGUGGAAGCCGAACGAGACACGCUCGCGUGUUACCCUCGCACUGCUAGUCUUCUUGGCGUUUGUCGUGUUCUCUGUUGCCGGUGCUGUUGUUGGCUCAGCAGUGAUCGGCUAUGUCCUUGCUGGCUUGUUCAAAGCUGGCGACUUCAAUAUGUCGACAUGGAUACCAUUUCUUGGAGGAUUACUGCAGUCGCUUGUUGGUCUUCUAGGCUUAUGGCCUUCGGUCGUUGAUAUAAUAUAA